CCGCGUCCCCCCGCUUCGGUGGGCGCAGGAGGUGGCGGCCCGUUGCCCUCUCGUGCCCUCACCGUGCGUGCGGCGUCGGGCACGUCGGUGUACGUCAGGGCGCGGCGCCGCCGCCAGCUGACUGCUCACCCCCGGAAGUGAUGCAGGAGGGGGAGCAGCCUCGCAGGAGCCGCGGAGAAAAGCAAAGAAAGUUGCCUUUUUGUGAGAACGCUUUCAGCCUUUACCCCUGGAAAAGCUGCUGCUGAGGAGUGUUGAGGGAAAGAGCAGCUUCAGUGCUGCCGUGUUCUGCAGCGUGAUCUUCCGUGCCCCAGCACCCGGGAGAGCCAGAGUCACAGCGGGGAGUUGUACACAGGUGCAGAAAGAGGCAGCAUUCCAUGUGGAACCCAGGGAGUCUGAAGGAGGCUGCGAAGCCUGUGGAAUGAUUCCCUGUGUAGCUGAAACUAUGCUGGUUUUGCUAUUUUUGGGGUAGAAUGCUUCAAAGUAUCUGGCACGGGGCAUCAAGUUUCACAUACUAGAAAAGCAAGGAACUGCAGCAACUGUACUUCAGUAUCUUGUAGUGGUUGUUCCGAAGGAGUAGGAUUGUGCUCUGAGAAGCCCCUCGGCAGGCAGAAGGAAGAACUCCGAUGUGCAGGGAAGGGCCGCGCUGGCAGAGCCCAGGCAGCAGCUGUUGGGGAGCAGCCCUCUGCUCCGUGUAGGCAGACCUUCCCUCUCUGGUGUAAUGCUGACUUUUCAUAACAGCGAAUGACAGCAGACCCCGUCUGUUUCAUCAGACUGAUGAUGUCACUGGGAAGACUAGAAUAUUAGAUUGUUAUCAUCACUAAUACAAACCGUUGCUUAGGAAGCAAGACAACAUGAAUCACUCCUGUUGGGAAAAUGUAUGGACAGAGUAUGUCAGUGCACUGCUGCUAAUGGCAUGGUGAGAUGUGUUGAAGAGCAGCUGCGAGGGUGUCGGACGGCAAGGGGGCUGCUCUAGAAACUGGGCUUGCAACAUCAUGGGCCAGUGUGUCACCAAGUGCAAGAAUCCUUCUUCUACCCUCGGCAGCAAAAAUGGGGAAAGGGAAUCCGGCAGCAAGUCGCACAGUAAGAGAAGCGCAGUCCACAAAGACGACCAUGGUUCAGCUUGCGGGAAGUCUUCAGGAGAUAUACUUGUGAAUGGGACAAAGAAAACUGAUGCUACUGUAGAGUCUAGUCAGCCUCCAACGUUUUCUGGAGAUUCAAAGAAAGAUUCUGUUUCCAGCGCGGAAGAAUCUUCGCUCCAAAAGAUUGGGGAGUUAUUUAGGAGGUAUAAGGAUGAAAGGGAAGAUGCCAUACUGGAAGAAGGAAUGGAACGAUUUUGCAAUGACCUCUGUGUUGAUCCCACUGAAUUUAAAGUGCUAGUUUUGGCUUGGAAAUUCCAGGCUGCUACCAUGUGCAAAUUUACAAGGAAGGAGUUUUUUGAAGGCUGCAAAGCAAUAAAUGCGGACAGCAUUGACGGCAUUUGUGCAAGGUUCCCCAGCCUCCUAAAUGAAGCCAAGCAGGAAGAUAAAUUCAAGGAUCUCUAUCGUUUCACCUUCCAGUUCGGCCUGGACUCUGAAGAAGGACAGAGGUCGCUACAUCGGGAAAUAGCCAUUGCCCUUUGGAAAUUAGUCUUCACCCAAAACAAGCCUCCCAUUUUGGACCAGUGGUUACACUUCCUAAUCGAGAACCCCUCAGGAAUCAAGGGAAUCUCCCGGGACACGUGGAACAUGUUUCUAAAUUUUACUCAGGUGAUUGGACCGGACCUUAGCAACUACAGCGAGGACGAGGCCUGGCCGAGUCUCUUUGAUACCUUUGUGGAGUGGGAAAUGGAGCGAAGGAAAAAGGAAGAGGAAACCAAAUGUAUUAAGUCUUCGGACACAGAGGGCCUGUGUGCGGAGGAACAGACUUAGCGGCCCGGAAGCAGCAGUGACAAAACCAACCUGUUGCCCUUCAUGAAAUGUAAACUCUGGAUGUUUCUGGAAAUUACUGAGGCUCCAGAUUUUUCUACUUUACACCUUUUUCUGCCUUGUCUUUGAAAGGGCUCUAAAAUGCUGUAUCAUGUUUUAGGCACUUUCUUAAUUUUGGUUAUUCCUUUUACUCUUGCCCUGAAAUAUUUGACCCUGGCUACACGUUAAGCGUUUUUGGGGUUUUUUUAAGACUUCAGAUUAGUAUAAGUAAGUCUGAUAUUUCUUGCACAAUGUAGAUCUUUUUAGUUAGGUUAAAUUAACAUUGCUAAAUUAUACAGUGCCAGAUAAGUUUUUCAUACUGCAUCUGUCAGGGCAGGUCUGUACUGUGUGUAGUGCUGUUUACAUUGUUGAAAUUUUAGGCUGUAAUAAUUUUAAGGUUUUAUACCAAGAUGAACAGCAGUGUUAACUGUUAACUCUAAAUGCAUUAAUUCCCCCGGUAAUACGGCUCUAAAAGACAACGUAAGCAACAGCUUUUUGUAAUAUGGCUAAUUCCCAUUUUAAGCUAACUUAAGAGUUAGGCGACUGAGUCCAGAUCAUUCCUUUUUUUGGAGUUUCAAACUAAAUGUUGGGAUUGUUUUAUAAAAUUACUGUACCUGUCAGUCAACUGAGUAGUAGAUGGCGAUUUGUAUCUCAAUCUCUUAGACGUCACAUAAUAAAAGAGCAGUACUACCUCAGUUUUAUUGAAAGUAGACUUCUUGAUGGACUUCCAUUUUCUCUGGAAGUUGUAUUUUUGUGGUUACAUGAGAAUAUUUUUACUUGACUAAAAGAACCAAAGGUUCUGCUUCUUAAGUUUGCUAAACGUUGACAGAAGCAACACAUACCCUAAGUCUUCAAGGAAAACUGUGGUAUAAUUCUGCUUUAAUUUGUUUGAUUUAUACCUAAAGUAUUAUCUUACUUGUCUGGCAAGCACAGUACUUCUAUGUAAGGAACUAUCUUUUGCAUUAAUAUUACAAACCAAUUUUUUAAAACCUAUGUUUAAUUGCUAAAUCGCAGUUAAUACUCCACACUUUCUGGAGCAACAAUAUCGGCAUCUGAUGACAAAGUGAAUUCUUAAUGUGUUCUUAAUGACAACAGUGUAGAUGAGUCAUUUUUAGACUGAUUUGAUAAUAUUUGGAUAGGAGUCAAUUUAUUAUUUUACAAUGCCUGUAUUGGGACUAUUUGCCUGUUGAAACUGUUGUGACUUAAAGGGAGUUUUAUUAACACUGGUUGAAACUUUUUUGGUUAUUGAUGCUACCUUUUUUAAUUUUAGUAUGUCAGCUUUUUUAUACCUUUUGGUAAAAGGGGUGAUUGCCAAGGCUUUCUACAGAGCUAAGUACUGGCUUAAUGAAUUCGAUACACUUCCAUGACACACCUUUUAUUUUCAGAGCUGCAUUUCAGCAUCAUAAAACAGCUUCAAUUAAAAAAACAAACCAACCAAACCAAAAGAAAACCCUGGACAGUCAUCCGUGGCAUCUGAAGGCUUUUGUGAUAGAAGGGUUUUAAAGCUAGAGGGAAACAGAAUUCAAGUGUUGAGCUUGUCAGUGGGUCCAGGACACUUUGCACAUCUGCUGUGCCCAGAGGGGUCGGCAGAGAGGAGGCGGCUCUGCCCCAAUCCUGUCGCUGGCUCUGCUGGUGUCCAGCCUAUGCAAUAGUUUGGGUCUGGGAUCACCAACCACUAACAAAAUGUGGGUAUUCAAAACUGUUUAAAAACAAACCCAGAAGCCACAGAUAGCAUCUCUUUCAUCUAAUAAAAGAAGAGUUUGUCCAUGCUGCUUCUGCAAGCUCUUUCUGGGAGAUGUGUUAAGCUGUGGAAAACAAAUGUCAUUGUUCCAGAUGCAGCUGAGUCUGUCCUCUUGCAGGAGGGGAGCCCUGAACUUGCUGUUUUAUAUGGAAAAUACACCCAAAGCUUUGUCCUGGCUGCUAUAACCUUCCAAGCUACCAUGGCACAAGCACUGUUUGGCAGCAAAACCUUAUUCUGCUUUGGUGAGCGCAGCAGGCCAAAGCAUUUGUGCCGCUAUCAUUGAACUUGAGGUGAGACUUUGCUGGUGCUGUUAUUUAAAAAAAAUGAGACGAAGGAAAAAUAUUCCCUGACAGAGGCUGCUUUGUUAGCAAAAGUUCCAAAUGUAACUGAUUUGGUAGUAAAUGAAGACUGUAUUUAGAACUUUGGGACUACGCAUUCGUUCAGCUAUUAAAUGCUUUAUCACUUUUAUUUUUUCCUAAAGGGAAUUUUAAGUGUCCAAAGUGUGAGAACUAACUAUUCCAGUGGAUAGCUGGUGCACACGCCUGCACACAGGGUUGUGUCAGUGGCUGCUGCUGAUUUAUAGGCUGAACAGCAGCUUGGAAGGACGAGGACUGAGCUCUUCAGGGCAGGAUGGACUGGGCUCUUCCAGGCAGGCGUUUAUCUUGUGGUCUGAGUGUGGAUUGCAGUAAGGAAAUCAAUUUGUAGCACAUCAAGGCUUAGCCUGUUUUAGUGUAUCAAACAUAAUACAGCUGCUUUUUAAAGACGGUGGUGGUGAAUAUGCAGGAAGGGAAAAUCUGGUUUCCUGUAGGGAAAGGACACACAAUUCUCGGUGGCCAAGGUCGAGAGGAAAAGGCUCGCGCUUGUUGUGCCGCGUUCGGCCUGGCAGGAGCAGCUCCACCCGUGGGGUAGAAUACUUGCAAAAAUAGCCAAAUGAUCUAUCUAGCAAAGUACCAGGUUUUUUAGUUACUGUUUACAGAAUGCAAACCAGACCUGUAUCAGUUUUAAACUCCUGAAGCAGGAGCUGAAGGUGCAACUCUUUGGCAGUGCCGAAAGUGAGAGAGGCCGUCAGACCUUCCCUUGGGUCGCCCCGCGAUUUUUAUGAUGCUAAACAAGGAUAGACGGUACUCUGUAACACAGGGGACCUGUGUGAGAGUGGGGGUUUGUAUGUGUUUCUGAGAAGUCUUUAACAGUAUUGGAGCCUCAAAAUAUGCUUGUUUAAUAGUUAAACUGUGAAUAUUUGUGGAACAAGCCAAAUACAUUCUCUCUUCAUUUUUAUAUAAUUUAAAUCUUCAUUGUGUAGGGCACAGGACUGUAAUGAGCAGUGAUGGCGAUGAAAUCCUUGAAACCAUUACAAGUUUUUUUUAUUCGAGUAUGCAUUAGAAAACUUGAUGCAUGUAGUGAACUUGCCGCGACUUGGGAUAAAUAACUAUAGAUAACUGUAUAGGUAGUUUAAGUAAUAUCCUGGAAAACUGGUCCGAUAUCCACACUCUGUGGCAUUUUACUGCCUUCCGUUAUACACAAUGAAAUACAACUCCUGUAAACUUUACUCCCUAGUAAUAAAUCACUGACCACCUGCACCAUAUUAUAGUUUGCAACACCUUUAAAAUUUAGCUCCCAGACCAACUGGAGGCUCAGUUGUGCUGCUUUUUACUUGUACCGGUGCAUUUCUGAGGUCAAAGACUAUUCAUUGAUUCAAAUAAGGAUUUGAAUGAUUCAACCCAUAGGUGUCCAUGAAACGUGACCAAGGAAAUUAGUUGAAAUUGAAUGCUGAAUUGUGAGUUUACUUGCUGCUGGUGCUAUUCUAUGCGGAGCAUUAUAGCUUUUUAAUACCGUGCAAUCGUAAGGAAAGAACCACAGGAACAAUAGCUGAGGGUGUGGCAGGUGGCACAAAACCAGAGCGCUGAAGCUGCGGCAGCGGGGCGGGCCGGGCGCUGGCUCCGUGGGCUGCGCGGCGGAUCUGCCGCUGGCCCGGCCUCUGAGCCACAGCGGCUUUUCGGCCAGGCACCUGUCGGAGCACAAAAUGAGCUCACCCCGCUCUGCUGGGAGCGAGGGACUCGGGGCUGGUUGCAAGUGGCUGCAGCCCCCGUUCCGAGGGCAGGAGCUGUCGGGGGGUCAGAGCGCGGGGGCAGCAGCAGCUUUGCUCUUGUGACUUUUAUUUCACUCCUGGUGUGUCUGGCAGAGCCUGAAGAGCCCGUGGAUCCCAGGUUCCUGCCACCCGUGGUUCCCAGCCAUGGCUCUGCACUGACGGAUGACCUUAAUAUUUUCAUGACACUGUCAACAUAAGUAUCUUCCUUACAGUUCUAGGCCUUGUUUCCCAAAAAAAGCGCAGCAGAGUUAAAAAAACACCGUGUAGUUAGUAGCCACUUCAUUUGUGAUCUGUUCUGUUGGCUGAGGUUACAUCAUUCCCACUCAUCGGAAGAUAAUAGUCAUUGUGAGUUUCUGGGUCUCACAGCCGCGUGUUCCGCAGUGUGAUCCUUUUUUAGAAGAUACUUGGUCAACUGGGCACUUUCCUUGAGCUCCCUCUGCUCAAAAUGUGUGUAUGUGAAUUUAGCCUUUCAGAUUAAGAAGGAAGAUGAUUAACCUGAAACUCGAAAUUCUUCAGAGUAGUGUUUCAAUAUAAAGCAUAACAUAAAUAUUUUUUCAAAUAAGUACUGAAAGCCAAGUGUCUGCUUGAAUUCUGUUGUGUGCAAACCAAACCGCCAGUGUUAACACUUUCUCUCUGGACUAUAGAAGGUUGAAUCUUUUGUUUUAUAUUAUCAGCUGAAGUGAAACACAUGAGAUUGUAAGACAGAAGACUGUAACUCCUUCACCAUGAAGUACAUAGGUGUCUCUACCUCUUGUUCUUAGACUUGAAUAGUUUAAGGUUACCAUCCUUUGCUCACAGGAUUUUAUGCCUGGAUGAGUAAUCUAAUUUUGUUUAAUUGACCCAAUUUAAGUACUAUCUAUUUGCCAUACUUUUUGCUAUACUGCUUUUAAUCUGCAUGCGAUUGAGCCUUUGAAAGGGAGCCAAGUCAAGGUGCAAACAAGUGCCGGUCCUCCCGGGUGCUGGUUUUGGAGUGCAAUAGAGCGACCGACUGGAGCCACAUGGCGUGUGGCUCAGGGCCUUUGAUCACCACGCAUCCCCGUCCCUGCCCGGGCUGCCUGUCCUGACAAUAAAUUGAAGGUGGCUCCCAAGAGGGACUCAUCGGCCUUUUCAUUUGCCCUUGAAAAACUUUUGGAACCCACCUGAUGCAGCGCCAUGAGUGUAUUUUUCUUGUGAUGAAAAAUACCGUGUUUUGUUCUGUGUUGGGCCGGAUCCGUACCAGCCAGCAAGGCUGGGAGCCGCAGCAGCACCAGGGCUGCACACACCCUGUUCCUCCCCGAGCUCAGGAUCUCGCUCAGGACCAAACCCUGAUGCUUGAGCAGAGCCAGAGAGCUCUGGAGUGUGUUGGAGAUGCUGGUGUCCGUCCUCCGCUGUGUCCAUUGACGCAUUUACGUGGCGUCUCUUUUUCACGCAGCACAUCCCCGUCCCUGGCUUUCCUCCCUUAAAGUCAACUGCAACGCAAUUAUUGUCACUGCAAAUCCCGAGUGGUGUAGCAACCAUUGCUACAAGAUUCUUCUUCCAGUCCGAGGGCUCCUUUGGGGUGUGCCCGCUUGCACUAUCUGUACGGGCACAUAUUUCGCGAGGAGGGGGUGUGUGAGGCGAUAGGGAAACGGGAGUGUGAACAUACUAGUCCUGCUAACAGCUUGCCUUAAAUCACUGAAACGACAGCGGUUCCUCGCUACUAAUGCAAUCCUCAGUCUUUCUGGAGUUAGCUUUUUAAAUCCAACAGGUUCUGGAGGUUAUACAACUUUUAGUUUUUAAAAGCUUCUAUCUUUGCAUAAUUGCACUCUUCAGAUAAGCCCUUUUUGGAUAACGUGUCAAUUCACACACAGACGAAAAAAAAUCCAUCUCUGUUUUUCUUGCUGUAAUGGUUUUUGUUACUUUCCCCCCCCACCCUGUAAAUUCUCUUUCCACUGGAGGUUGCCUGCUGCUGCAUGGGAGUGUUUACUUGAAUGUUGCCGUUUUAUGCAGCUACAUCUGCUGACUCUUGCUCUUCUCUGGGCCUGUGAGAGGGGAGAUGGUGUGACCAGAGGUGGCAAAUCUGUGCAGAGGAUCAGGGGAGCUGAAGGCUGGCUGCUGUUUUUAUACUCGCAGAUGUGUUACUUGUUAGAGGACUUCACAGAAUACUGCUUAAUAUUUUGAAGUUGUGACUUUUUAAAGUCAUGCUACACACGGUUAUCUUAAAAAACAUGCUUGCUUUCUUAUCUGUAAGUUUAAAUGAGUCUUUAAAAAAGGAGGUGGGCUGGCAGGAGUGGCUGGAGGGCCUCGUGCUGUCAGUAGUUGAGUAACUCGAGUUCCAGGAGCUGUGGAUGCAACGGGGAGGACUCGGUCCUGACCCGGCGCUGCUGUGGGCGCGGAGCACCCGCAGUCCCAGGAGAAGGACCAGCCCGGGGAGCCAGUUGGCACAGCUGGAGCUCUGGCAGUACUUGCUUGUGGAUCUUGGCCCCCAGUUGAGCCUCAAGCCCCUCUUCAUGGAAGGAAUGUGUUUUGGUGUGUGUUGGCUCCCAGGGAACUAAUUCUAACUAAGGAAAUAACAAGAGCACAGCUUUGUGCGGUUCUCAUUGAGUCGCAUGUGAACGCAACUGCCUGAUCAGUCUCUCAGUUCCUCGGUAACCCAGCAAGGGUAGAUGGGAUUGAAUCGGCCGCUCUUUGUGUCGGGAGUGGUUUUUUUGUCUUUUUGGACUUACCCAAGAGAUAACCGCGUGUGAUCCGGUUUUCCCGCUGCGGAAGCGAUGAAUGUGUUGCGUGUGUUGGAGCAGACCCGUGCGGCCCCUUGCAGGCAGCAGAGUCCAAGCGCUGUGUAAAUGUGAUGCUUGAAAAUGGCUGCAGUAAAUUCUGGUUCAUGUAGGAUCUUUUUUUGAAGGGAUGUGGCCAAAUUUGAAGCAAAUUAUCUAGAGGAGAAGUGGGAGAAGUUCAAGAUGAUGCAUCUACUGAGUCCUAUUUGGUUUGUAGUUUUACAGUUCUUUUCUUAUAUCAAAUUUUGUUCACCAUUAUUGUCUGGAACGGAAAAGAAACAGCAUCUUAUAGAAUGUGCAAUCUAAGGCACAAGGUUGUAAUAAGAAGGUUGUCUUUACUUGAUAGCAAUCCUGAGUGCAAUGUUUUUGUCAUGUCCCUGUUGGAAGAAGAGCAUUAAGUGCAGUCUGAGAUUUUUCUUUUCUUAUAAGCAAAGCAUUGGUUUGUCCAUUACUGACUUCUUGUGGAAUUUGUGCCAGAUGUAUAUUAAAUAUUUUGGUGCUUUUUCUAA